GUGUGUAAUUCCUUCGCCCCUCUCCCCCCCUUUUUCUCCGUUGCUUUGAUGUUUUCUUGGCUGGAGCUUUGAAGUUGUUCGGAGAAGCUGUUUGCGCGUUCGUUAUGAGUAAGCAGACCUAGGGGGGGGAAAGAGGGAGCGCUGGGUUUGGACGAACCACAGCAGCCACUGAGCUCUCUCUCUGUGUGUGUGUGUGUGUGUGAGAGAGAGAGAGAGAGAGAGAGAGAGAGAGAGUUUAAGGGGGAGGCAUCUGCUGGGGAAGGAAUGGGUCUUUUCACAGACCCCCCCCCCUUCCCUCAUAAACAUCCCGGUAAAGUAGGGAGGAGUUUUUGCCUUUGUUUUCCAGCAAUGUUUUGUGACUUGGAAAGGAGGUAGAGACCCAGGGAUGGCUUCGGUUGGUAGGUAGGCGAAGGAUGCCUUGGCUGCCAGUCCCUCCUCCCGCACCUCUUCGCGUACACCCCUCCCACUUCUGUCAGCACCCUCGAUGAACUCCAAAGAGGCGCAGCGUGCUGACUUUGGGGUCAGUUGUUACACAGGAUUUGGAGAAGGCGGCCGGGGAAGGUUUUCCUGUUCUCUCGUUCCUUUCUCUCUCUCUCUCUCUCCCCUUCUCUUUCUCUCUCUCUCUCUUCCCCCCCUCCCCAGUUCCUGAGAUAUCUCAGCAGAUCUGCUUACAUUCCCCCCCCCCUUUCCCAUCAGUCGCCAUUUCUGGAUAUUUUUCUCUCUUUCAUGCUUCCCUCCCUCUGCGGGAUGGUUCUCUGCGGGUAUGGGCUGCAGCGUCGCCGUCUUCUCCUCCUCCUCCUCAAAAUCUAUUUAAUUUGCGUUUUAAACAAUCGCCUACGUGCCCACCGCCUCUUUGAUGGAGUGCUUGUCUAAGUGGGGAAAUGCUGGAGGAUUCUAACAGCCUGGUCUGGAAUGUCUGCUCUUGUUCAGAGAGAAGACUCUGAGGAUCCCCUGCUGACUUGAGAAAAGAAAAGAGAGAGAGAGAGAGAGGCGCACAUUGCUGAGGAACUUAAAAAGGGGAGAGAGAGAGAGAGAGAGAAAGCUCUACCCGAAGAAACUCCCGGAGAACCAUGAGCAGCGCGGCAUUGCUGACUCACCUCCCAGACCCCAGCAGCAGCUUCAGGGAAGAUGCCCCACGCCCCCCUGUACCAGGGGAAGAAGGAGAGACACCAUGCCAUCUGGCUGCCAGUUUCUUUGCCCUGAAAAACCAAAGCUUCAAGGCCAUGUCUGUUUCUUCCACACCCAGGAGGAAUGAAGAUGGUCUUGGGGAGCCAGAAGGGAGUGCAUCUCCAGAUUCUCCACUCGCCCGAUGGACCAAAUCCUUGCAUUCUUUACUAGGGGAUCAAGAUGGUGCUUAUCUGUUUCGGACCUUUCUGGAAAGGGAGAAAUGUGUGGAUACCUUAGACUUUUGGUUUGCCUGCAAUGGCUUCAGGCAGAUGGACCUUAAGGAUGCCAAAACUUUAAGAGUCGCCAAAGCUAUCUACAAGAGGUACAUUGAGAAUAAUAGCAUCGUCUCCAAGCAACUCAAGCCUGCCACAAAGACCUACAUACGGGAUACUAUCAAGAAGCAGCAGAUCGAUUCUGUAAUGUUUGAUCAGGCACAGACUGAGAUUCAGACUGUGAUGGAAGAAAAUGCUUACCAGAUGUUUUUGACUUCUGAUGUAUACCUCGAAUAUGUUAGGAGUGGGGGAGAAAAUCCUGCGUACAUGAACAGCAAUGGACUGGGCAGCUUGAAAGUGGAUUGUGGCUACCUCCCUACCUUGAAUGAAGAAGAGGAAUGGAGCUGUGCUGACCUGAAACACAAACUUUUGCCCUCCAUACUUGGACUGUCCAGUAAGACCUUGAGGGCUACGGCCAGCGUCCGAGCUACAGAAACGGUGGAAAAUGGGUUCAGGUCCUUCAAGAGGAAUGACCCAGUUAACCCUUAUCAUGUGAAUUCUGGCUAUGUCUUUGCUCCUGCUACUAGUGCAAACGACAGCGAAAUUUCGAGUGAUGCUCUGACCGACGAUUCUAUGUCAAUGACCGACAGCAGUGUUGAUGGGAUCCCUCCUUACAGAAUCGGGAGCAAGAAGCAUCUCCAGAGGGAAAUGCACCGCAGCGUCAAGGCCAACGGGCAAGUUUCUCUACCUCACUUUCCGAGAACCCACCGGCUCCCCAAGGAAAUGACCCCCGUGGAACCCGCCACCUUUGCGGCCGAGCUCAUCUCUCGGUUGGAAAAGCUCAAGCGAGAACAAGAGACCAUGGAUUGCUUGGAAGAGAGGCUGCAGCAAAUCACAGAGGAUGACGAGAAGGAGAUCUCUGACACGCCUGUCGCUGCUCAGGGCAACCGAGAGCUUGUAGCCGUGCAACAUCCGCAGCACCCCCUCACGCUCCUUCCCACCGGAAGCUACGAAGAUGAUCCUCAGGCCAUUCUGGAUGACCACCUGUCCCGUGUGCUUAAGACUCCCGGGUGUCAGUCUCCCGGCAUGGGACGGCAUAGUCCUCGCGCUCGUUCCCCCGACCGACUCCCGGGGGGCAAGUUCCUCCUAGCCGCCCCGGGCAAGACCACCGUGCCCGCGGCUUGCGCUCUUCUCAGCAAAGGAUUUGUCACCAAGCAGACCACCAAGCAUGUUCACCAUCACUACAUCCACCACCACACCAUCCCCAAAACGAAAGAGCAGAUAGAAGCUGAGGCAGCCCAGCGGGUCCAAUGCUUGUGUAGUGGGGGCAGCGAUUAUUACUGCUAUCCAAAAUGUAGAGGACACGCGAAGGGGGCGGACCUUCCUGUUGCUCAGCUGGAGCCAUUUGGCCUCAGCAGAACUGGGACCCUUCCCAAAAGGAACUGUAAGCUCCAGGAUGGCCUCGUCCUGCCAGGUGGAGAAGGAGGUGGUCUCCCUGCCCCACCAGGCAUACCGCUACCCAGUGGGGAAGCCGAUCGCUCCCAGAACGUCUGGCAGUGGAUGUUGGAGAGUGAAAGACAAUCUAAGCACAAGCCCCAUAGCAUGCAAAGCACGAAGAAGGCCUACAAUUCUGACUCCACCAGAGGUGCAUCUGGGGAGCGUCCGGCCCGCCACCACCAAUGGGGCAACAGCAGCCAUCCACGGGCUGUGCAGCCUGCCCACCCCUUUGUCCAGGAUCCCGCCAUGCCUCCACUGACUCCACCCAACACACUGGCCCAACUGGAGGAAGCUUGCCGCAGGCUAGCCGAGGUGUCCAAGCCACAGAAACAACGAUGUUCAACUUCGAAUCAGCUUAGAGAUCGAAACCACUUGGCUUCGGUACCUGGCGGGAACGGCCCUUUCUGUACCACAAACAUGGCAUCAGAAGAUCACAAAGAACCAAAGAAACUCCCUGUUGUUCACUCCUCCCAGCCUAGUGAGUUGGUUGUCACUUAUUUUUUCUGUGGAGAAGAAAUUCCCUACAGGAGGCUGUUAAAGGCCCCGAGCCUGACACUUGGGCACUUUAAAGAGCAGCUGAGCAAAAAGGGAAAUUAUAGGUAUUACUUCAAAAAAGCAAGUGAUGAGUUUGACUGUGGGGCAGUCUUUGAAGAAAUCUGGGACGAUGAUGCCAUUCUGCCGAUGUACGAAGGCAGAAUUCUCGGAAAAGUUGAGAGAAUUGAUUGACUGGUUCAGAUUGACUGGUUCUGAGUGGCAUAGUCUAUGUGAGCAUAUUUAAGAAGAUAUAAGCUAUGGAUGCUGGCCUUUGGAUGUAAAACCACCAAGCAAAGUUUUUGAAGGAAAGUUGGAACCCAUGAAGAAGCAACAAAAAAAAUACACUGCGGUCUAUGAAGACUUUGCCAAAUCAGGCUUAGCAAAAAAAAAAUAAGAAGAAAAAUAAGAUGUGUCUAGUGAUCUGGAUGCCAAGAUGUUAACAACUUUGAACUAUUUAUUAAAAAUAUGGUCGCUCUAGGUGAUUUGAAGAUGCAGAUGAUGUUCUGAGAGACUUGCAUAUAGAAAUAUAUGACUUCCUAACGAUCCUGUACUUAAUGAUUUAGAAACUGUGUAUAGCUUACCUUAUAAUAAUCCUUAUUGAUAUUUAUUGAACAUUCUAGGGGUUGUUUUUUUCCCUUUAAAUCCAUUUUAUGGAUAUGCUGCUUUAAAAGACGGAGAAAAGAAGGGAUGUGAUGUAAAGAAAAAGGGGUGUUUUAUAUUUUAUUUUUUACAUUGUUUCCACGAUCGAAAUAAAUGUGUCCUUUACUGAAAUGUGCAUUGGGUUCUGCCACCUUAAAACCAACUGGAAUUGUGCGAUCUUCAGUGGUUUUAUUUCUCUGGAAAAGGCAUGAGAAAGGAAAAGAUAAAUCCAUUCUUCAAAGAAGAAUAUUUUGAUCAACAAUGCUCUAGUUUUUGUGCAGGGUAAACAUUCCCAAUUGCCUAAAACAAUCUCUAGGACAGUGGUUCUCAACCUGUGGUCCACAGAUCCCUGGAGGGCUUCGAUGUUAUCAAAUGGGGACGGGGGGAGGAGGAGGAGGCAGGGAAUCUGUGAAGGCUUGAAGAAAUGUUAUGAUUUAAAACUUGAGUUUUAAAGUCUUGGUGCUCCAUGGCUACAAAAGGGGUCCUUGGUGAAGAAAAGAUUGAGAAUCACUGCUCUAGGAAAUCAGGAGCACUUCGUAGAUCUUCACGCUCUUUCCCUCACGCUCUUUUCCCCGUUCCUAUUUUGGAUUUAAUCAUCCUGCAGAGUAAGCAUUCCCUCCUCUGAGACGACCAAAAUUUCCAAAAUUCCAGAAGCCAACAUAGCGAAAGAGCUGGUGGUUUGGAAACUCUAGAAACCGGAGUCCCAAUGUAACUGGCGAUCACCUGAUUGGACAAAUUUUGAAUUCGAAUACAGUUUGAAAGCUCACCAUGGUUCUAACGGAAUUUCAGAGGCACAAUGGGAAAGGUACUGCUGCUUUUGGGAUGAGUCCCCAAAAAGGAAAAUGGGAAAACCGAAUUCUGAAGGGUGGCAUUAAAAGAUAAAAUAAAAUAAAUGUAAAAGAUUGUGUGCAGGAGAAGGAGACAGACUGCAGGUGUUCAAAAUACAUCUGAUUGCCUAACUACAAACUAGGCUGGAGAAAUUGUACACAGUCCAAUGCUAAGGGUGUUCUCUGUGUUAACUAUAACAAUAAUAAUUACAAACUGUAAGUAAUAAUAACAAUGUUGGGGCCUUGUCAGUUGUUCUGGUAUCAACAGGCACUGGCAUAGCUUCCUUUUUUGAUAUUGUUUCUGAUGCCUGCUUCAGAAAAGUAGUCUCUAAGAACUUCCAGAUCAGAAUUAGAUGGGAUGCAGAUCCCAACCACGGAACGAGAAGACAGUAUAUGAAAUCACCCACCUUACACCUUUAUAGCUAACAGUAAGAUAGUCACCCAAUUUGGACUUUGCUUUUUUAUGAAAACAACAAGAAGAUUUACUCUUUCAGGGCACUUUCAGCAUUACAGCUAUAAUUAAAAGGCCAUACUGUGCAAUGGGAUGCCCCAUCUUAACUGUAACCACCACUCCAGGCCAUGGAAACUAUGAAUAGGUGUAUUGUAGCAACUCUGAACAGCUUGAAGUUCCUGCAGGGUUAAAAUAUAAUUUUGGAUGCACCAUCAUUAUGACGGUAGUUGUUCCCCAGAAAUAUUACAAAAUCAAUAAAUUGGUGGGUGGUAACCAUCCAGUUUUUAUACUCUAGGAUAUCUCAGCCUCUUUCAGUUGCUUCCUGGACCAUGAAUGGUGGAUGAGCUAGCUGGUUUCCGAGACUAUGUCCGGAAGAGCUUUUCCAACUCAAGCUGCCACAGUAUGUAUGUGUUGCGUAUGUGUGUGUUGGAUGUUGGCUGCAAUAUGCAGAACAAUUCUCCUCUGUCUUGAUUGUAUGCACUGGAACAAAGAAAUGCCUCCUCCUAAUUUAGAAAUACAUUUAACUUCAACUUUGUGUGUUUCUGUGUGUGUGCGUGCGUGCGUGUGUGUUUAAUACGUGCAUUUUCCAACAAUGUUACAUUUUGUUUGUACAAUAUGAUGUAUAUAGUGUAAAAAAUGGGAUGGGGAAAAUACUGUUAAUAGAUGCUCUCUAGUGUGUGUGUUUUUUAAGGAAAAAAAAA